UACUCCCUGCUGCUCUUAUCUGUUUACUCUAAGAGGAAACCAAACAGCUGUGAAAGAGGGAACAGAGAUUCAGUGUGUGAAGCAGAGACCAAAGGAAAGAACAGAGGAGCGUCUGUACAUUUCUACAAAGAAUGGAACGCGUACUGGCUUUGGUUCUGCUGGGUCCAUUUGUAUUUUUUACCACCGUGACCUCCCAAGAAGACAAUGUGUGUUUCAGGCCUGUGCUGACUGCCAACAUUGAGACGGAUGGACUCCAGAGGUUCUUUAACCCCGGUGCGGAGUUAACACUGUCCUGUAAACAGGGAUACACCCCUGUGUUUGGCCCUCGGAAGAUCGUUUGUGCUGCCAGUGGAGAAUGGACGAAAACCAAAUUAAUGUGCAAACCAAAACGCUGUCCUUAUCCUGAACCAUUGUCUAACGGCGAAACGUACUAUGAGGAAAUCGUGUUCCAGAGUGUGAUCAACCAUACGUGUGAUGAAGGGUACAUCAUGACUGGAAGCAGCACUGCUGUGUGUCUUGCCAAUGGAACAUGGAGCUCACCAGAACCAGAGUGCAAGCCCGUGUCCUGUGGUCUCGCACCGAUCCCACAGUUUGGGAUGAUAAUUUAUGACAAGAGGAUCAGAGGGAACGCCACUGAUUACGGCCUCAGAGUGACGUACAAGUGUCUGCCUCCGCAUGUAAUUAUUGGCAACGCAAGAGCAAUGUGCACUCUCAACGGCAGCUGGACCAAGACACCUGAAUGUCGAGUGGUGACCUGCCCUGCACCGGAGAACAUUGACAGAGGCUACAUGUCAAGCGACGAACAGAGGGACUAUGACUACCAGGAAACGGUCAAAUAUGGCUGCGAUGGGGACUAUGUGCUCGAAGGAAGCCUCCAGAUUGUUUGUCAGCAAAAUGGGAACUGGUCUGAAAAGCCAUCCUGCAAAGCUCCUUGCAGAGUUGGCAUACAGAGAGGAAGGAUAUUAUACAAAGGAAAACAAAUCUGGAUCGAAGACCUUCAACCUGACAGAGUCUUACACAAGGAUAUUGUCUCAGUCUACUGCAUGGAGAAGGCCAAGGAGUGUGGUUAUGCAGUGCCAACCCAGUGCAUGGAUGGAGAACUCAAAAUCCCUGAAUGCUUUGAGCAGCCCAGCAAUUAUGUUUAUACCUUUAAUUCAAGUUCACUUCCAUCAGAAAUCGCACACUGCUGAACCAGCAGUAGAUCCCUUCGCUGAUUAUUAUUAAACUACUUCCAUAUUAAA